AUGGUCCUGUAUCUCUGCUGCAACUGCUGCAGCAAAGAACUACCCUCAACUGAUCGUCAUCCGCUUCUUACUCGGAAUCGCCGAAGCGCCUUCUUCCCAGGUGCCUUUUAUCUCCUUUCCUGCUGGUACACUCGCAAAGAACUCGCACUACGAACAGCCGUCCUCUACUCUGGACUCAUUCUCGCUACUGCUUUCUCAGGUCUGAUUGCUGCCGGAGUCUUUGCAGGGCUUGAUGGUGCUCAUGGUCUCGCGGGCUGGAGAUGGUUAUUCCUCAUUGAGGGAGCCGCCAGUUUUGGCUUUGGAGUCCUGGCCAUAUUCAUCCUUCCCGACUUCCCAGAAUCCUCAGGAGGCAAGGUCGGAAGUGCGAGAUGGCUCUUCACUGCAGAUGAGCGACUUGUUGCAGUGGAACGUAUGAGACGUGAUCGUGUAUCCGUCGACGAAGGCAAACGGUCAGUGUGGUAUGGUUUACGUCUGGCUGUCACCGAUUACCGCACCUGGAUCUUCGUUCUCAUGUUGAUUGCCAACCACACCGCAUACGGCUUCAAUUACUUCUACCCAUCCAUCGUGAAAGGACUGAACCUUGGCUCAACAACAAUCACCCUCGUCCUCACCUCUCCACCUUACCUCCUCGCCACACUCUUCUGCUUCGCAUUCGGCUACUCAUCCGACCGUAGUGGUGAGCGUGGUUUCCACAUCGCCGUCUCCAUGUCCGCCGCAGCAAUUGGAUUCGUUGUCUCCGCAUCAACGCUCAGCGUCCCCGUCCGCUAUUUUGCCUCCUUCCUCUACAUCUGCGGCUGCUUCAGCGCCAAUGCCAUGGUAUUCUCGUGGGCUUCAGCGACAUUGAGUCAGACGCCCGAGAAGCGAGCUGCUGCCACCGCCAUUAUCAAUCUGUUGUCGCAGCUCGGAAACAUCUGGAGCCCUUACUUUUUCCGUCCGGGGGAUGCACCAAGAUACGUGAUGGCUAUGAUUCUGAUGAUGGCAUUUGCUUUGUUGAGUGUGUUGACUUGUUUGGCUAUGAAGUGGAGUCUGAGGAGGGCGAACAAGAAGAUUCUGGAGGAGUAUGAGGGGAGAGAUGAAACUCCCAGGCUGUUCAUGCUGUAG